AUGAAAGACGAACGUGUGAGUGUUUUAGACAUCAUCAAUACAUUUGAAAGUACGAAACGGUUGAGUGUGAGUGGCAUCAAUGGAAUGUUCGAUACAAAUACCAUGCACUCACAUUCUCUAUUUCAACUACAUGAUGAGGAAGAUGAUGACGAGUUAUUGAAAAAGUCACCAGCUUGCGACUCAUCAGAUGAAGAUGAUGACACCGCAGCAGAUAUUAAGAGAAUUUCUGCAAAUAUCACAUCAAUCGUUAAUUUUUCGAGUCCAACAGAAUCAAAAUCACUGGAAGAGGAAAAUGGAAAGUGUGAAAAAUCGUUAUUUAACAUUGCUGACCUGGCAUUUGAACUGCAUAAUACCAUAACUGAUGAGAAACAAAUGUUGGAAACGAUACAAAAAGCAGAAACGUUAUCAGAUCAUCCUCUCGAUUUCACCAAAGAUUUAUUGGAUCCUAAAAAGAAAUGCUCACUUCUUCAUACAGCUGCAAAAUUAGAUUUUCUCACGGUUAUGCAAUAUUUAUUGGAUAAACAACCUUGCUUGCUAGAAUCAAAAGAUAGAGCUGAAGCAACACCAAUAUUCUAUGCUUGUUCGAGUGCUCAUAGCAAGAGCGUGACAAUGUUGGCCAUUAAUGGAGCAAAUUUGAAUAUUCAUGACAAGUAUGAAGCAUCGCCACUCAGCGUCUCUCUCAACUCCAAGAACAAAUCCAAAGGAUUUUCUGUUGCACGAGUACUGCUUGGAUUUCAUGUGGAUGUAGAAUAUAAGGUGUAUUGUGGAAACAGCAUACUUCAUUUAGCUUGUCGAGAAGGUGAUUUGGAAAAAGUUCAAUUCAUUGUUGAAGAUUUGAAACAUAAUAUUUUCAGAAGAAAUACCAAACAAGAAUCGUGUUUGUUUAGAGCAGUAAGACACCCUCAUGUGACUAAAUAUUUAUUAGAAUAUUGUAAUAAUCAUAUUGGACAUGAAAAACUACUGAAAUUACUUUUCAUGAAAAAUGAUAAGGGACAAACAGUGAUUCAUCAUAUAUGUUCAAAAGGAUACCUAGAAAGUCUGAUACACAUUAUUUCAAUAUUGUCUCACGACGUAGAAAAAAUUGAACAAUUAUUUAACGAGAAGGAUUCAGCUUAUGGAUUAACUCCUUUACACAUUUCAGUACUUUCAGAACAAGAAGGUACAUUUGAAUUUCUCAUUCGAUCUAAAGAAGUUCAAUUAGAUAUACAAAAUAAGAUUGGUGACACAGCACUUCAUAUUGCAGUUCGCAAUGAAAAUCUGCCCAUGAUCAAAGAGCUCUAUCACUUGUACAGUUCAAAAAGUCUUCAACUCAAAAAUGCUCAGAAAAAGACCAUUGAAAAACUGGCAAAAGAGAGAAAUAUUGACUUGAAGAAGAUGGAAAAAGAGCUUGAGCAAGAUAAUGCAGGCAUUCAAAAGGAAAGCUUUUGGAGCUCAUUGUUUGGAAAGAAAAAAAAAGAGAAGAGUCAUAGAAACACUAUGAGUUUUAGCUCACAAUCAGCAACAGAGCUUCAAUCAAGAAUGUCCACCGUUUCUAGGAGAAAUUCCCUGUUAGUUGCGGUCUCUUGGGAUCCUCAAAAGUACGCGGUUGGCUACGAACAAAUUGAUUCCCAGCAUAUGCAACUAAUUGAAUGGUUAAAGAAUUUGAGUGAAGCUUCUCUCACAAAACAAUCACAUUGGGUUGUUGGUUACACUAUUGGUUGUUUAUUGGAGUAUACAGAAUUUCACUUUGAGGAUGAAGAAUUGUUAAUGAUGAAGUAUAGAAAAGGAAUUGGUGAGGACUAUGUUAAAAAGCAUCUAGAAGAGCAUGAGACUUUCACUACGAAAAUUCGAAACAUGCAACGUGAAUAUGUGAAAAAUCACAGUACAAGUUUGGAUAUUGAACUGCUGAACUACUUAAUUGGUUGGCUCGUCAAACAUAUCAAUUUUACAGACAGGAAACUUGCUGACUUUGUAAACAACCAUCCUCCAGAUGAAGAGAAAUAG